GGGAGACGCCGGAAGUCGUGGUGGUACGGGUCCGGUGGAGGGGUACUCCACUCAGACGGCGUAGAGGAAGGCGGUAGUGAGGGAUAAGACCGGAGGGGGAGGGCGUGGGGGCGGCGGUCGCCGCUACCGCCGCCUGAACCGAAGACCUCCCCACCGAUCUCCCCGCCGGGCGACGUGCCGUCGCUCCUCUCUAUCAGCUGCCAUGAGCGAACGCCUCCGCCCCAGGAAAAGGAGAAGGAAUGGGAAUGAAGAAGACAGUCAUCUCCCUCAGACCAAACGGAGUAGCAGAAACCCUGUCUUUCAGGACUCCUGGGAUACAGAGACAGCACCCGUAACGAAAAACAGUAAAGAAAACAGACUAAGAGGAAACAAAGUGUUCUGUGCGUCUUCAAGCAGUGACAGUGGUGGUAGCAGCAGCAGCAGUAGUACCAGCAGCAGCAUCAAUAGCCCAGACAGGGGAAGUGUUCAAGAAAGCAGCUUAAACCAGAUAAUUACCGGAUCCAGCCCUAAUACCCCUCAGUCCUUACAGGAGCAGUCUGCACUAUGCCAAGGCCCUUACUUCCACAUCAACCAGAUUCUGAAGGAGGCACAUUUUUAUAGCCUACAGCACCGAGGACGACCUCCUACAUGAUGAACUAGCAGUUCCUUGCCUUCUGUGAAGGGACAGCACUGUGCAGAUUUGAUAUUUCAACUUAAAAAGUUUGUUAAAAAAUUGCACAAAAUAUGCCUGUUGGCUUUUCAGUCUAUAUUUGAAAUAACAGGUUAGCAGGCAUUUGUUUACUUGUGGUUUUGCUGCACUAUUGCAAUUUCAGAGAGGCUUUGAAGCCAUUUUUAUGGGAUUCUUUUCAGGGUGGUGUCAUCCCAAUGAAGGUGACGGUAGGAGAAAACCGCAUCUGCAUGUUAAGAGUCCAUAUGGCUCCAUUUUUGGAUUUGGAAACCAAUUGGAAAUUUACUCUUUUGUGCAAGGAGUCCAAUUAAAACUUGGCGUCCUCAAAUUUUAAAAGAUUUUUUAAAAAUUCAGUGAACUAGUAAGGACUAGUUUGCAUGAAAAACAUUAGUUUUCUUUCCCAAAGUAUAAAAGAGCUCGCUUCUGUCUGACUGAAGCUGGCCACCAUACUACCUCUCAGUAUGCAGAUGUCCUAUUGAAACUAAUUUCCCCUGUUACAGGGGGAGAAAAAUUAGACCAAGCUUAUUAGAUUAGACUUUGUAAAAUGGAAACACCCUCCCUACAAUGUCUUCUUCUCUUCGCUAUGUAAAGUGUUUGCAUUCCAGGGAGAAUGUCUUUAGAUACUUUGUUGAACCCUGAUUUCUAUAUCAUUAAUCCUCCAAAGGCUAGAUUUCCAGCUUCUUAGCAAACACUGCACAGUUUUGAAAUACAGUUGUACUGUAUUUGUAACCUUUGUUUCAGACACAAAUGUACGUACAGCUUGAGUGAUCUUGUGAUAAUUCCACCUAUCGUGUCUAGUAAGGCACAAAUGACUAAUGGUAAAGACUAAGCAACCUGAGCUGGUGUUUAAGGUAACAGGUACUGUAGAACUUUGUGUUAGCUUAGGUUCAAUUUACUAUUUGAAGUACCUUCUAAUAGAGGGCCACAUUCCCUCAUUGAAACCACAACAAUUGGUGGAACUUAGAAACAAAUUAGCAGAGGCACUAAUAAAUACAUGGUAAUAUUUAUUUAGAAAAGGAGAGGUAUGUCCUGAUAAAUUGCUUCAUUUUAUUUAGUCAUACUAGAGAGCCAACUAAGUUUGAAAAGAGAUGGUGUAGAUGUGUCUUCCUCCUCUGUGACAAGCUGUCUGAACAAGGAACCAGGACGCAUCAUGUCAUCAUCUGCUCUGGAGAGUGUUGGGAGUACAACCUGCCAUUAGAUUGAAAGGAAAGUGCCUUAGAUUCUACCAGGAUUCUCUUACCUGCUUACCCACCUCCAGUCUUCUGAACGCCAUCCAGCACAUAAAAGCAGAUCUUAAAAAACUAUUGGGAUUGCUAGUGAGAGGACCUUCCCCUCUAGGGUAAGGUUAGAAAAAGACUGCAUUUGAAGAAACUCUGACUGUAUUAACCUUUACUUGUGUGAUGACAGACAGAACUAGUAAGUCAGACUUUUAAGGAAAAGAACAAGUUUAAAAUAUACUUCCUUCCCCCUGCUGGCUCCUUUAACAUGAAUAAGAUUUGCCACAGACACUUGAAGGAGGAAGUUUUCACCAGAGGUAAACCAUCUUUGGAAUGGGCAUGAUUUUGUUCAAAUUGAAAUCUAAUUAGUCUUGGGGGAGGGAGUAUUUUCUCUUUCUCUCACCACCCUUUAAAAAACGUGUGAGAUCGAAAAGUUUUUAGGAAGAAGGUCUGCAGAGAAUGAGGAAAGAAUAAGAUAGCUGCAGGCUUUACUGGGAUGGCUUGAAAAAGCAAUAAGUUUCCUACUUCCUCCUAACAAGGUUGUGGAGGAUGAAACCAUGACUAGGAUAAAAUGUUUUUUUUUUUUCCCCCGUUUUCCAAACAAGUACAACCAUUUUCUGGGGCUGGCUAUGUAACUCCAACCCCUUUCCUAGUAUACUAAAUAAAACUCCAUACUGUCUUUUGCAGAAUUUUCUAUAGUAUUAAGCAGCCUAAAAUACUAUCUCCACUGUGAGGCUGCUUCAAUGUCUAAACAUGAUCGUCUUUUUAAACAUCAGCUCAAGAUAAGAUCUUGUUCUUGUAUCACACCACCAUUAAAUGCAGCAUUAGU